AUGCAGCUCCUGAUGAGGGUGCCCUCUCUUCCGGAGCGGGGCGAGUUGGACUGUAACAUCUGCUACCGGCCCUUUAACCUCGGCAGCCGCGCGCCCCGCCGCCUACCCGGCACGUGCCCCUUCUGCCGCGCGCCCACCCCGCUUCCGCGUGGCGGCGUCGCGGAGGUGGCUCUCGACUCGGCCUUGUGGUCCCGGCUGGAGGAAAAAGCACGAGCCGAGCGCGAACGAGAUGGUGAGGCGGCGAACCCGGCCAAGGAGAGCGGCGACGCGGAUGGCGAGGCCGACGGCGUGGAGGAGGAGGAGGAGGAGGAGUGCGAAGAGGGGGCGGGGCCGCGAGGCGCGGGGUGGCGCGCGCUGCGGAGGCUCUGGGGCCGGGUCCUGGCGCCCUCGCGCACUGGGCGGCGUCCGCUGCCUAGCAACGUGCUGUACUGCCCAGAGAUCAAAGACAUUGCCCACAUGACCGGGUGCACGCUGUAA